AUGUCGCGCAUUACCGCUGUUGCAUCGGCACUCUUCCUGAGUUUAGCCAGCUGUCUACCUUAUCAAUCAGCUCCCACAGUCAAUGUCAAGAACGGAACCUAUUAUGGUGUACACUCUGCAGCUUAUGGCCAAGACUUCUUUCUAGGUAUACCCUAUGCUCAGCCCCCGGUUGGUCAUUUACGGUUCCGCAACCCAGCGAGCCUAGAAAGCAGCUGGGAAGAGGCUAAAGCAGCAACACAGUACUCGCCAGAAUGCUACGGCUACGGUUCGGAUCAGUGGAACUAUGCAGUGUCUGAUGACUGUCUUUACCUCAAUAUUAUAAGGCCAUCAGGCCAUCAAGGCCAGAAACUUCCUGUAGGAUUCUGGAUCCAUGGAGGUGGCUUCUACCAAGGCGGAGGUGUCGAUCAAAGGUACAAUGCGUCCUUUGCAGUUGAGAACUCGGUUAGAAUUGGCAAGCCCAUCAUGAUUGUCAGCAUCAACUAUCGAUUGAGCGCCUGGGGCUUCCUGAGCGGAAGCCAAGAAGUGAUAGAUGACGGUGCACUCAACCUUGGUCUGAAAGACCAGCGAUUGGCCUUGCAGUGGGUGCAGGAAAAUAUUGAAGCUUUUGGUGGUGAUCCCGAGCAGGUAACAAUCUGGGGUGAAAGUGCUGGUGCCGCAGCCGUGGGCUUUCAUCUGACAGCUUAUGGUGGACGCGACGAUAAGCUCUUCCGGGGUGCUAUCAUGCAGAGCGGUAACCCGAUCAACUACGGAGCCUUGAGGGAACCACUAGGCCUAGCAAACAUGUACAAUGAGCUUGUCCGCCGCACAAACUGUGGCGUCAACUCUACCGGUUCAUUGGAAUGUCUGCGCCAAUUACCUGCCGAACAACUAAACGCUGCCAUCAAUAUUACGAAUCUUCCUCUAAACGUCACAGGCUUCAACCCCGUUCUCGACUACGACUUCAUUCAGAAGCGUACAUCCAUUCAACUGGAAGCCGGCGAAUUUGUCCAUGUUCCCAUUGUGUCGGGCGCCAACUCAGAUGAAGGCACCGCGUUCUCCCCGUCACCAGUAAACAGCACAGAUGCCUUGUACACCUACAUGACAAACUUUAGCCGCGGCGCAGUCGGUCCUGACCUCGCAAACAAACUACUCCAAGCCUACCCCGACGAUCUAUCCGUCAACGUUGUAGCCAGCUUAGGCGACAUUCGAACCGGCGCUCCCUACGGUCCUCAAUUCCGGCGCGCAGCCUCCUAUUUCGGCGACCAAGUCUUCAUCGCCAACCGCAGACUCACCUGCCAGACGUGGGCCAAAGCAGGCCUCGCAGCAUACUGCUACCGCUUUAACGCGAUCCCCGCUGGUCUCCCCGCCGCCAUGGGUGUCACCCAUUUCCAAGAAGUCUCCUUCGUUUUCCUCAACCUCGAGGGCGUGGGGUACCUUCCUGCAGCCGCACCCCCGUUCCAGAACAAGACGGAGAAUUACCGCAACCUGGCCCGCUUCAUGAGUAGUAAUUGGGUCAGCUUCGUACAUGAUUUGGAUCCUAAUGCUUGGAGGGAAACGUAUGCCUGGCAGGGUGCCGAGGGCAUGUGGCCCAGCUAUGAUGUGGCCGACCCCAUGGACUUUGUGUUUGAUGCGAAUGUGACGAGUUUUGCGGAGCCGGAUACGUAUAGGAAGGAGGGUAUGGAGCUGAUUAAUGCGAAUAAUCUGGCUGUAUUUCAACGCUGA